CAGAAUACAAGGCGAUAUGUUACCUGGCAACAUAUUUCUGUUUAAAAAUCUAGUAAUUUCUGAUUUCAAGUUUUUUCGAAAAAUCUGACAAGGUUUCGUACAAUCAUUGAUUUUAAGGAAGUAUGUCUUUCAACAUAGAAGAAAUUUGCGAAAACCUACAAUCGGAUAACCGAUUUAAAAAGCUUUCAACCUUGCAGCAGUUACAAGUACGUUGUGAAAAGGAAUCUUCUUCUCAAAUACAUUCCUUGUUCGAUGAUACAUACCUGCAUUUAUUAAAAUGUUAUUCCGAUCGCUUUGAAAGCGUACGAGAGAAAGCCGUGGAAACUGUCACUGUUUUCAUAAAUCAUCUACCACCAAAUGACUUCCAUUUAACAAAUAUUGUUUCAACUUUGCUCGGGCGCAUGGGACAACAAGAAACACUAGAACCAAGUGAGGAAAUUCGUUUACAAUAUGUACAACAGUUAUAUACACUCAUUGAUAAGUAUGUGGGAACUGGGAAUAACGGCUCGCUUCAAGAGUGCUACGCUGAUGUUGUUUGUAUUUUGGCGAAAGCUCUCAGCGAUGCGUUCCCUGCAGUACAACGGCUGGCUUGUUCGUGUGUAAUAGAAUUGUCUAAAGCGGCCGAUACUAUGGCAAUACAGCCAUUUACAGAGAAAUUGACGAAACCACUGUAUAGCAUGCUAAAUCAUAAACACUCCUUGGCGCGUAUAUCAGCUGUAGAAGCGCUUGGUCGAUUGGCAUUGCAUGUAGAUCCAAAGAAUGACGUUUUAUCACAUUUGAUUAUGGAAGUGUCACCAUUGUUGAUGGACUCGAUGCCACUAGUUCGGCGUGAAUGUGGUAAACUGGGUGUACUUUUAGCACUUGAAUUAAGAGACCGAUAUUCUUUCUUUGAACGUAUUAUACCUUUUGUGUUGUGUUGCCUAAAAGACGAUUCUCCUGAAGUAGUUACCUAUAUUCAUCCAUUAUGGGUGAAAUGUGGUAAGCAAUAUUAUGAUGAAAAUGAAUCAGAGCUAAGCAAACAGGAAAUAGCGGAUAUACCUGCAAAAAACUAUCCUCCGGCUGUUGAACGUCCGACAAUUGGGUGCCGGGCGAUAGUACAGCGUUCGCUGCGUCUAUUAAGCCUAAUCACUCGUGAGUCCAACGAUUGGAAAGUUAACGUUCGUCUUCAUUCCCUCAAACUACUGUACCAAUUUGUAUUGCACGCUGAAGCUGUUAUGACAGCGAAGUUUUUCGAAAUUUAUGGUGAUGUCGCCCGUGCCUGCCGUGAUGAAGAGCCUUUAGUAAACGCUGAGGCCAUGAAAGUUGCCGAUUUGAUGGGUCGUCUCUUCUCAUAUGAUGAUUGGAUCGAACAUGGAUUCGAUGGUCUGGUGAAAAAUGCCAAGGAUGGGUAUUUAAAAUGUUUUUACUUCAUGUUCACUGCAAGUUUGGGAACUAAGUUGGGUGAUCUUGUGAGAAUAUCAGAAAUUUUAAUCCAAAACGAAUUUUCUCAGACACUCAAGCCACAAUUGCAACUAUAUGUUUUAAAAAUGAUAGAAACUAUACUAUUAAAAUCAAGCGAAAUCGAAGUUAAGUCAGAACAUGAUGAGCAAAGUAACUCGGCUAAUCAAGACCUUAAUUUGAAUUGUUAUAUUGCGACAAUUAAAGUUAUGGCUCUCUCAUUCGACUCGGAACAAUCCAAUGCAGCUGAACUUCAAGAAAUCGGCAAUGGCAUAUUGGCCAAAAUAGCUAAUCGGCAGAAAAUUUCAAUUUCAGCUUUACAUGAAAAUUUAUUUGUUCAUGCCUUAACUUAUGUGCAAAAUCUAGAUGCAGCACUGGACGAUCUUACCGAGCCAAUUUUGUUACUAAAUGGUUUAAUCAACAUAUCCAAGCUGCGUGCAACAUAUUUGCAAGAUUUACAAAAUAAAAUUAAUUUAGUUUGGGAGAAUUCUGCAGAUUCAGCUAAAGUGAAGAUUUUCACAAGCAUAUCAAUCGUCAUGUUGCAGUGGUCAGAAACUAUUGAUCGCCCGGUAGCUGAAAGUACAGAAUUACUACGUUCUUUUGUGAUGUGUGUGGUCGAGCCUCAUUUACAAUGGCGUGCAGGGGCGAAUGCAGAGUCCAUGCGUUCACUUGCUAUGGCAACUUUAUGUGCUAUGUCACAAGGUGCCAUUGAAGAAGCAUCCUUUGUUUUACCUGAUUGCGUUGGAAAAUACCUGCCGAAUUUACUGGAAGACCGUGCGGUUGCAACUCGUCAUUACUCGGUUAAAUGUCUUUUCAAAUUUGGUGAAGUCGGGGUAGAGCAAUUAAAGCCUAUUGCCUAUGCUACUUUGCAACGUUUGGAUGAUCCUGCAUCCGGUAUACGUGAACUAGCUGCAGCGGUUAUACCAAAGUUACGCCCAAAGUUUAGCAAAGUCGCCGUCGAAGAGGAAGGCAAAUUUGAAUAUGAAAUUUGGGAGGCAUUUAUCAAAAAAGCUUUCGAUAUGAUGUUUCUGCACUAUGAAGGACCUGAAGUACGUUUACAAAAGUCCAUAAAAGAAUCUAUCGCUCUACUGGCUGAAAAGUAUCCGGAAAUAUGCAAAGACAGCUACAAGCGCACUGCUGCUAUGUCCUAUAAUAGUUUGAGUUUGCUGGAGUUGCAAUCUGAACUACCAAUUUUAGUUUGACCGUUUAUAUUUAUUUAAUAAUUAUUUUACGUAAUUAAAUUUAAUUGCAACA